CAAAAAUUGUUUACGGCCAACCGCUCUCUCUAACCCGGCUUCCUUGGCCAUAGCUACUCGGCGCAUUGCACCGUUUCGACGACAUCCCCUCCCCAAUCGUGUUGCGGGCCUAACCGCCAGCUGGUCAAGCUUCUUUGAUGGUGCAAUUGCUAUAACAAACGAGCUGCAGCAGGCCAGCUCCGGAUUAACAACUAAGCGGGGAGCUUCGUUCCCAACCUCCCGCGGCUGCGACAGGGCAGCGCCGACCCACGAAACAGCUUCGUUGCUCGCGCCGCAAGCACAAAGACGACUCCGUCACCGCCCACCAUGAACCCCGUGACGCCGGUGCGCCAGAUUCCCGGUGCAUUCAUCAACACGCCCGCGCCGGGCCCGAACACUGUCCGGCGGCGACUGAACUUCAACGAAGCCGCUGGGGCGGGCACAACGGGCACGAUGGGGACGGCGCCAGAGCCCAUUACGAGCACUCUGGGGUCUGGACAGCAGGAAAUAGCCACUGGGAUGCUGCCACCGCCGCAGGCCCGCGACGACUUGCCGCCUGUGGUAAAGGCUGCCCAAGUCAUCAACCAGACGUUGCAGCUCGACGAGAGCUAUCCCGACAUUGACUCGUAUUGCAGACCUGGCGCAUCCUCCGACUACGACAUCCAGUACGCCGACUCCUCGUGGGCGCCCUUUCAUAAGACGUCGACGUAUCCUAUUCCCGACCAAGUGUUUUCCCGCUUGAACCAGGGCGCAGUUUCCACAAGGAUCGGCCUGUUUGCAAGCAUCAACUAUGCCUGGGCCGCGAUCGACGAUUCCCUCUUCCUCUGGGACUACACACAUCCGGACCCCGAGCUCAUCGGCUAUGAGGAUGCCACCCACACAAUCACUGCCGUCGCGCUCGUGCCGCCGAAACCUGGGGUGUUUGUCGACACGAUCACGCACAUACUGGUGGUCGCGACGACCACGGAAAUUACCUUGCUAGGUGUUUCGGCUACCCCAACUCCCUCGGGAUCACGGUCGGUCACGCUGUACCAGACCAAAAUGUCGGUCCACCGAGGAAGCAGCGACGUCAGCCUCAUCGUGGGAACCGCGUCCGGACGCAUCUUUCUCGGUGGCGACACCGAUACGGAUGUUUACGAGCUGUUUUACCAGCAGGAGGAGAGAUGGUUCUCGAGCAGGUGCGGCAAGAUCAACCACACGCACCAGGGAUGGGCUUCGGUUGUGCCCAGCCUUCCCCUGGCAGGUCUCCCCUUCGGGCAGCGACAGCAAGAAGGGCUAAUCGCCCUCGUGGUUGAUGAUACGCGGAAUCUGCUCUACUCGCUCUCCAACCGGUCAACCAUCCGCACCUACCACAUGGAAACGCCCGAAAAGCUCACGAAGGUCAUCGAAAAAGACAAGACCAGCUGCCUUCGCGACUUUGCGCACAUGGCAGACAGCUCUCCCCUCUUCACCGACCGGACAAACAUCGUCUCACUGAGCCCAAUCCCCGCCACCGAAGCCUCGAAACUGCAUCUCAUGGCUCUCACCGACACUGGAUGCCGCCUUUUCUUCAGCGCAACAAGCUCUGCGUCAUACACGAUAGGCGGGUCAACAAGUCUCGCCCCGCAGAGCAUGCAGCUCCAGUUCGUCAAGUUCCCGCCAAAAGAGCCCGGGGUUCGUCCCAGGACCGUGCCCGGCCAGUCGAGCGAAGGGCAGCUGGACAAGACAUCGCGGGCCCUCGAUCCCAGCGCUCUCGGUGUUCGGUUUGCACCCGGCUAUUUCUUUGACGUCGUCCGCAAGCACUCCAGCUCGGAUAUUCUCUUCGUCUCCGCUCCCGAUACGGGCAAGAUCAAAGCCACCACGCCAGCCUCAGCACUUAAGUAUUAUGAGCAAGGAACGUGGGUCGAUCUCGAGAAUGGGAGCCGGAUUCUCGAGAUUGGUUUGACAACAGCCCCCUUCUCUGCAUCAAAGCAGCCAUUGGGCUUUGGCAAUGAGCUUGCUGUUCAGUUCGAUAGCGCUCCGAGUGAAUUUGCGGUGCUCACUAACACUGGUGUCCACAUUGUUCGCCGGAGGCGGCUCGUCGAUAUUUUUGCCAAUGCGAUAAGGACUUGCUCUGGCGAGGAGGGACUCGAGAGGGAAAUGCGGAAGUUCCUCAACCAGUAUGGUCGCGUCGAGACCAUAUCGGCGGCCCUUGCUGUAGCCUGCGGACAGGGCAGUGACCUGCGCGCCGGCACCGGUAGGGCACCGGAUCAGAAGACCGAAAACCUAGCCCGGAUGGCGUUUGUCGAGUACGGCGGUCAGCCGAGGAUCGCAGAGUCGGACGGGAAGCAAUUAGUUUCGGAGUCUGUCAGGCUUUCAUCUCGGCACGACGCUCUGGCUCUGUACCUCACGCGGCUUGUCCGGACAGUGUGGAAGUCCAGAGUCAUUGAGACGAAGGCAGAGGCAAAGGGCUCCCUCGCUGUUUCCUCGACCGUUCCCGCGGCCAAGCUCAUCAUGAUCCAGGAAAAUAUCGAGCGGCUGCGGAAUUUCCUCGAGGCGAACAAGAGCACGAUCCAGGGGCUUGCGGGUCCGUCCGAUCGCCUGUUUAGCAGGCAAGAGGAGAUUGCCAAUCAAAAGGAGCACCAGGCGUUGCACGGUCUGCGAAAACUCAUGGAGAGCGUAUCGGAAGGCAUCUCCUUUGUUCUGAUGCUGUUUGAUGAGCGGGUCUCCGACAUCUACGCCCGCCUCGACCCCGCGUCUCAGCAGCAGUUCCGGGAUUUGACAUACGAGCAGCUGUUUUCCCAAACCCCCGGCAAAGAGCUCGCUAAGGUAUUAGUCAAGGCGAUCGUCAACCGCAACAUCGCCAGCGGCGCCAACGUCGAGACGGUUGCCGAUGCGCUGAGAAGACGGUGUGGCAGCUUCUGCUCUCCUGACGAUGUCGUCACCUUCAAGGCUCAAGAGCAGUUGCAGCGCGCCAGCGAGCAGGUCAACAAUCCCAACGUUCUUCGGACCCUUUUGGGAGAGAGCCUGCGGCUGUUUGAGCAGGUCGCAGGCAGCCUCACUCACUCCAACCUCCAGAGCGCUGUUGAGCAGUACACGCAGCUGAACUACUUCGCAGGCGCCAUUCAGUUGUGCCUCACCGUGGCUCAGCAGAAGGACCGCGGCAACACGGCGCUGACAUGGGUCAAUGACGGCAAGCCGGCCAACGACUCGCGCAAAAAGGCAUACGACGAGCGGAAGGCUUGCUACGCAUUGAUCCAUGAGGUCCUCGACAAACUCGAGGUUGCUUUCGCUGGCGAGCCCGAGGUCGUCGAUGGCCGUCCCACCCUCGCGGCUACGAAACGAAACGAAGCGUACACGGUCGUGAACGACUCGAGCGAUGAGGUCUUCCAUUUCGAUCUCUAUGAGUGGUACAUUGAGAAAAACUGGACUGACCGGCUCCUGGCUGUCGACUCACCGCACGUUGUUACGUAUUUGCAGCGCCUGGCGGAGACCGAUUACCAGCAUGCCGAGCUGCUCUGCCGGUUCUACACCCACCGCAGCCGCUUUUUUGAAGCUGCUCAGGUGCAGGCGGCGCUCGCGAAGUCGGACCUGAACAUUGGUAUCAAGGACCGCAUCACGCUUCUCAGCCGUGCCAAGGGCAAUGCGAGUGUUAACACCAUUGGCAUCAGCCGGCAACAACAACAACUGCUCAAUCACGAGGUUACCGAGCUUCUCGAGAUAGCGCAUAUCCAAGAUGACCUACUUGAGCGACUGAGGGCCGAUACGCGCAUCUCACCGGACAAGCUGCCCGACAUCGAGGAGGCUCUUGACGGGCCGAUCAAGAGUGUCACCGAGCUGUACAACGAAUACGCCGAUCAAGCAGCUUAUUUCGACCUCUGCCUCCUGAUCUACCAUGCUGCCGACUACCAUAACCCGCGCGUCAUCACCGAUACCUGGCUGCGCUUGAUCGAGCAAACGUCCUACGAAACCGAACAACGCCAAGCACACUGGCAACUAGCCCAGGCGGGUCAGCCCCUCCCGGAAGGCGUACCACCCAUCACGGGCGAACCGCCGCUGCCGUACGAAUCCGUCUCUCAGCAGAUCCAGCUCAUCGCCCACCGCACAUCUCUGGACAGCUUGGUGUUCCCGGUCGACACCCUACUCCCCGAGGUCUGCAAGUACGCCGUCAACAACGGCCAGGACGCCUCCAUCGGCGCUGAUCCCUGCUGGCCGGUGCUGCUGUUCCUGAACUUGGGCGUGCCGCACGCGUUGGUCGUGCAGGUGCUGGAAAACAUGUUUGACGCGCAAGAGGCGCCAUUUACCGGGCGCCGGAGGAAGAUGGUCGUGCAGUGGAUCGCUGUGGCCGUCGAGGCGUGGGUCAGGGAAGUGGAGAGGCGCGCUGCCGGGGCGGCGGCCUCGGGCGGAAGCUUUGGUGCGUCCUCUUCUGUCGGCGCUAGCGGAGGUGGCGCUCCCGGUGGGGACGGGGUGAUCGGCGUGUGGGUGAGCGAGCUGCUCGCGCGGGCGGAUGAGUGUCUGGCGCAGAUUGCGCCUGCCCCUGCGAGCGCGAGGACUGCCGGGCAAGUGUCGGCCGAGGCAGAGGAGACAUUGGAGUUGAGGAGGCUGGUCAAGGGUCUGAAGAGGAGUGUGGAUGCGAUCUUGGGUGGUGAGGGGCUUCUUGGGGGAAGUCUGUUUCGGUAAAGCGCGGGGUUUUUCGUGCGAGAGCCAAACCAACGGGGGUUUGCAAAAGGAGAUGCGGGAAGAGAGACACGUUGGGUAUCUAACAUGUCCGUCUAACAUGUCCGUCAAAUCGUGGUGUCGUUCGAGGGGGGUUGGCCACGAUCAGAACACCCUGGUCGGCGUGUGUCUGAUGCGUUGUAAAUCGGGUUUCAGUCGGUCAGGUAUAAUAUCAUUGUAUGUACAGUACAUACUAGGUAUUUGCGGUGUUUGAGCGUUUUGCCUGCACUCGACUUCACUUGUGAAAUGUGGAACAGCAAAUGGGCUGCCCUAAGCUUAGUUGGUAACUGUGUCGUGACGUGGUGGUGUUGACGUGAAUGAAUUGGAAUGAAGCGUUUUCCUGCGGAGCCGGGACUAGUCAGCAGAGGGAACAGACUCC